AUGAGUACGGCAACAAAUGAGGUCUCCAACGAGGAGCCAGCAACCCUCUCAUCCAUGGCUGGUCACGAGGAAGACAUUAAUCACCAAACUGUAGAGGAGGCAGCAUUAAAGAGCACAGCGGUAUCAACGCAAAGAAUAAGCUCAUCUCUAAGAAGGCGCGCGUGCGACACGUGUCGAGCGCGCAAAGUCAGAUGCGAUAGACAGGAUCCACCGUGUAAUAGAUGCGUCAAGAUGGGAGUAGCAUGUCACUAUUCUGGCCGAACGAAGCCGACAAAUUCCAGGAUGGGCAUGUCGAGAUUUCUUGAGACGUUGAAUAACAGACUCAAACAAGCAGAGGCCCAGCUGGCUUCUACACAUUUGAUGCAGCAGAAUCAACCGCAGUUUUCAGUGGCAUGGAGAGACGUUGACCGCACUGGACUACCAACAAAACCCUCGCCACCGCAUAAAACCCCAUCCCAAGAAGAGGCCCAAUCGCACUGGAGUUCUGUGCCCGCUCCUACAUAUCCUACAUAUGACCUUCAAGAAUCAGACGAUCUGUUCAACCAAAUGAGCGUCACCACAUCAGCUACAUCAGCUAAAGAGGCCUCAGCGUUCUUACCGCUCGACACUUUUAUAGCUUCCAAUUCUGAGACUAUCAUGAUGGCUCAGACCAUGUUGGAUAACCAACCUUUAGAAUUUGAGCCUACAAUUUUUGACAUCCCAACACCGACUACUGAGCCUAUGCCCACGGUCUUGGCUACAAUUCUGCAGAAGCUCUAUGAACGAUACUUUGAAAUUUUCCAUCCCAUAAUUCCCAUUAUCAACCGAACUCGCUUUGAGCAUGAACUAUCGCAGCCAUGUCCCACCGUUGAGUUGCAGGCUCUGUCCUAUGCCAUGGGAGCCUUGGCGGCAUUUUCUGUGCCAGAACUGCAGGACUAUGCAAGUUUUUAUCAUGAACAGGCUCGCAACCUUAUUGACCUUUGCGAGAGGCAAGAGAGUGGUGAUUCAUUGGAGAAUAUCAAUAUUCUACAAGCUUACGUGAUAUUGACACUAUAUGAACUUAAGCAGCCAAACUUCGCUCGAGCCUAUCUGACACUGGGUCGCGCAAUCAAGCUAGUUCAAAUAUUGGGCUUAGACAAUGCGAAAAGCGAUUCCCGAAUGUAUGCACGAUGGGGCCUAAGUAAACAGUCCAGUCAUUCCAUCAGUCCGGCAGAGCAAGAAGAGAAGCGGCGAGUUUUCUGGAGCCUCUUUAUUUUUGACUCGUUUGCCAGCCUCAGAUCAAACAUCUGUCCAACCUUUACAGGAGUCAUUAAUGUUCCGCUCCCCAGCUCCAGCGAGUAUCCAGACUUCUUGGAUGAAACGAUGCCGAGGCUGGAUGAAGUAUUUGGGCUAACGGAAACUAUUUCACUGUCGUCAUUUGCAGCCGACACCCUUAUGAUUUCUCUUUACCAGCGCUACUUUAGACAUAUUGAGUCCUCUUAUGAUGAGACAUCGCAGGGAUUCUGGGAGACUCACUAUGCUAUUGACAAAGCCGUCGAGCAUUGCCGAAAAACUUUGUUAGCGCCGCAUAUGAACGGCAACUGUGGCAAUGAUCCACUUGCCAUAGGGCUGCGAAUGAAUCUAAACACCCUAAAGAUCAAUUUGCACGAGACAGCGCUUUUUAGGGUCGAGAAAGAUCAGCUGCCGGAGAAUCUUGCCGUGGAAGCAAACUCCAAAUGUGCCUUUGCCGUUAUCGACAUUGUUAAAGCUGUUCAGGUGGGCAUGCAGCUGACGGGCAGUAGAGCGGUUACUUUCCGACAGCUGGACCGAUUCUUUGUCUGGCCUAUUACGACUGCCAUCCAAGUAUGUUUCCGAAUGAUAUACAAUGGAGCAGACGACUUUGCGUCCUAUAUCAGUUUUCUCCGCAUCCUUUCCCAUGCAAUGAAGGAAAUUAUCGACCCGGAACAAAUCUCUCCGGGGCUGUUAGAGAACGCAGAAGCCAGGAUCGCGGAUGCGGCACGAAGUGUACGGAAGAAGUGA